CUAAACAUCCGCCCUCCUAAAACGACCGCCUCCAACCCGGAAACCGGUUUCAUUCGCUCCCAUACAGCGCUUCAAGUAGUUGCUCAUCUGCAAUUAUAGACAGUAAGAUACGGUUAGAGCAGUCUCAAGGCCAUUCUCUUCAGCAGCCAUGCCACGAAUUGAAAAUGAUAUCAAGCUUGACUUCAAGGACGUGCUGCUUCGACCCAAAAGAAGCACUCUCAAAUCCCGCAGUGAGGUGGAUCUCAUGCGCAGUUUUACGUUCAGAAACUCAAAGGGAAGUUACCGUGGCAUUCCCAUCAUAGCAGCCAACAUGGACACUGUAGGCACUUUUGAAAUGGCCUUAGCCUUACAUCAGUUCACUCUCUUUACAGCCAUCCAUAAGCAUUAUUGUGUGGAUGACUGGAAGGAGUUUGCAUCCAAACACCCAGAAUGCGUACAGAGUGUAGCAGUCAGCACGGGGACCAGUGAAGGUGACUUUGAGAAACUGGGGGCCGUUCUGGCUGCUGUACCUCAGAUCCAGUACAUAUGUGUGGAUGUGGCCAAUGGCUACUCUGAACACUUUGUCAACUUCGUGAAAGACGUGAGGCAGAAGUUCCCUACACACACUAUCAUGGCUGGCAAUGUGGUCACUGGAGAGAUGGUCGAAGAGCUGAUUCUCGCUGGUGCUGACAUCAUCAAAGUGGGCAUUGGACCAGGUUCUGUGUGCACCACUCGCAAGAAGACCGGCGUGGGUUAUCCUCAGCUGAGCGCAGUCAUUGAGUGUGCUGACGCUGCGCACGGCCUCGGUGGACACAUUAUAUCUGAUGGGGGAUGCACCUGCCCAGGCGACGUCUCCAAAGCUUUUGGAGCUGGAGCUGACUUUGUGAUGCUGGGAGGAAUGCUUGCUGGUCAUUCUGAGAGUGCGGGUGAAAUCAUAGAGAAAAACGGAAAGAAGUACAAACUGUUCUACGGCAUGAGCUCAGACACAGCCAUGAAGAAGCAUGCAGGAGGUGUGGCAGAGUACAGGGCAUCGGAGGGUAAAACGGUUGAAGUGUCUUACAAAGGCCCGGUGGAGGUGACGGUGAGAGAUGUGCUGGGUGGAGUUCGUUCCACCUGCACAUAUGUGGGUGCUGCUAAACUUAAAGAGUUGAGUCGUCGUACCACCUUCAUUAGGGUGACCCAACAGCUCAACACAGUGUUUGGUAAUGAUAAUUAAGCCAGUAUAACCAGGUCCAUAUUGGGCCAAAUUAUGCCAAAUCCAUGCAAAGGUCAUUUUAUUCUCUCUGCUGUCAGAUGCACACGCAUAUGCAUAUUUGCUCACGAGCACACAUACGCCUCACAUCAUCUUUUAACAUUAUAACAAGUAUUUUCGGGCUCGCACAUAAGCUUUUGAUUUCAAAGACUUUCUCCAGAUGCUGUAUUAAGGCCAAAGCGACUGCAUGGCCUUCUGUUUUUUUCCAUUCCUCACUAUUUGAAAACUUAACUGUUGAGUUUUAAAGGACACUUUUAUAUCAACUUCUUACAUUCUGUCUCAUUUUAGUCUUAUACUACUUUAUAGUAACCGAUGAGAACAUACAUGUGAUUUAACUAUUUCCACUGUACUCGUAGUGUCUGUUUUAUCCAGUUGAUGUUUUAGUUCAUAGCCUUAAAAUAUUGCUUGUUCUCUUUUCAUUCGUCUAAACAACCUCUAAUAGAGCCUUAUAUUUUUUCCAGAAAACUUGGGUACUAUUUUAGAUUUUAGCUCAACAUGCCUAAUGUCUUAUAUUUUUAUUGUAUUUCCAUGAUUUUCUAAAAACAUUCAGAUUACUGGACCAAUGCAGAUCCUAGAAAGGAUUAUUAAAGUAUUGGCGGUCUCCUAUAUGUUAUGACAUCCGUUAUGAACAACCAUUACAUUAUAAAGAAUGUAUCUGACCUAGAAAGGGCAUUUUUUAACCCUUUAAUGGAUUCUCUUGUGUUUGCAUGUAACAUACAAUCUAUUGACAUCUUAAUCAGUUCCUAUAAAAGUAUUAGCAGGAUUUUAUGGCUUGGUUUGAUCAUUAGAGAUACUGCAUACUUACAACUUCUCUACUUAACUCUUAAUUAACCUUAAUAAUUUUGAAUACUUUUGACAUUCCAUCACAGUUUGUGACCUUAUUGAUUGUGACUUAAAGUUGCUGCUGGAGUCGAUAAGAAUGACUUUCAAAGAAAUAAUUUGUUCUCCACUUGCAUAAUUUUUGUUGAAAACCAGAUGGUCCUUCUGUUGGAUAAUAAGUAGAUGUUUUAAUUUGAUCCAUAUUGAUAUUUAUCUUUAUUAAAUGAAGUUUUAAUCUUUAUAUUGUAUUUCACCAACAAUUUCAGAUAUUUAAUUGUUACCAUCCCUGUAUUGUAUUGUGAAAAUAAAUCAUUUCGAUAAUCA